GCAGUAGUGCUCUGUGGAUCUCCGUGGUCAGCCACUCGCGGUAGAAAAGGCAGGAAGGUCAGGCGUGUCGAAUGCAUCAGGACUUUGAUUAGGAACACCUGGGCAUUUUUCACAACCACGAUGGAUCAGCCUAGUCCAUCACAUCACCGAAAGGGGAUGUUUAAGCGGAAAAAGAAGAAGAAGGAUGCUAAGGAUGUUCUACUCUAUGCAAAUAAAGGUGCCCUGGAUGGCAGUGAAGCAGACAGCGACGCUCCCACUGUGUCAGAGGCCCCUGAAGAGGCCAUUCAGAGCGUCCCUCCCGAACCAGAGAUCCCUGUUCUUAAAAGGUCAAAGCCAACGGCCAAGAUUGUGAACAGUGAAAGCAGGCCACAGAGUUUUCAGAUCACCAUCAACAUCACCGAGGCCAAGCAACUGGUGGGGGAGAACAUCGAUCCCUGCGUGGUGAUCGAAAUCGGCGACGAGAAGAAACAGACCACAGUCAAAGAAGCGACCAAUGCCCCAUUCUACAAUGAGUACUUUGUGUUUGAUUUCUUCGGACCCACAGAGACAUUUUUUGACAAAGUCAUCAAACUCUCUGUGAUGCACUCCAAAAUCAUGCGUGGAUUUUGUGUGGGCUCCUUUAAGCUGGAUGUGGGGACAGUCUACAGGCAGCCAGGCCAUCAGUUCACCAACAAGUGGGCCGUGCUGACCGACCCCAUGGCCAUCCACGCAGGGGUCAAAGGUUACCUGAAGUGUGACAUCAGCGUGGCUGGGAAGGGUGAUGCGACUCAGCCUUCACAGAAAAGCAGCAAUGCAGAGGAGCAGAUCGACAAAAACCUGCUCCUACCCCAGGGCUUCCCUUCCGAGCGCCCGUGGGCUCGCUUCUACGUGAAGGUGUUCAGGGCCGAGGGACUUCCUCGGAACAACUCGGGCAUCAUGGCCAACGUCACCAAGGCCUUCAUCGGGGACAACAAGGACCUCAUCGAUCCCUACGUCGUGGUGUCCUUCUUCAGCCAGAUGGGCCGGACUUCAACCCAGAAGGGCACUGCAGACCCCGUGUGGAACGAGCAGAUCGUGUUUAAAGAGAUGUUCCCCCCCCUCUGUCAGCGCGUGAAGAUCCAGGUGUGGGACGAGGGCAGCAUGAACGACGUGGCCAUCGGGACGCACUUCAUUGACCUGCGCAGGAUCGCCAACGAGCAGGACGGAGAUAAAGGUUUCCUCCCCACUUUUGGGCCAGCUUGGAUCAACCUGUACGGCUCCACCAGGAACUUCAGCCUGGUGGACGACAGCCAGGAGCUGAAUGAGGGGGUGGGCGAGGGUGUUUCCUAUCGGGGAAGGGUCUUCCUGGAGGUGUCUGUGGAAAUCCUGUCGGGGGCUGGGGCGGCGGAAUCCAAGAUGUCCCGCCCGAAAGCCGCCGUUAAAGACAAAGGGGGAAAAGGAGGAGGCAAAGACCCCAAAUCCUGUCCGCCUGCAGGAGGCGGGGGAGGGGGAGGAGGUGGGGAGGAGGAGAAAGGGAGUGCUUUGGGUGCGGAGGUGAUGUCAGUGGAGGACCCUCCUCAGAUCAGUCCUGAUGACAAGGAGAGCUUCUUGCUGUUCGGUGCUUUAUUUGAGGCAACAAUGAUUGACAGGAAGAUUGGUGACAAGCCCAUCAGUUUUGAGUUCACUAUUGGGAACUUCGGAAACUUCAUUGAUGGCUCCGCCCAAGUCGGCACGAGUAAGAGAAAGGUGGAGAGGGUAUCUGACACUCAGGAACUUGACAGCACUCCCUUAGUGGACUGCCAAGAGACGGAUCCAAACAAGUCCACCACCCCUCCUACAAGGCCUCAGCUCAUGGAUGGAAAUAGGAACUACCUGUACCUGCCCAUUCAGAACCGGAAAACAUGCGUCCAAGUGUACAGCCGCUGGGAAGACCGGACCUUCCGUUUGUACUACUCUAACAUGUUGGAGAACAUCGCAUUGAUGCUGAAAGAGGGACUGUCUAAAGCUGGUGAGCUGAACAAGGUCUCAGAUCCCCAGGCGGAGACCUUACUCUUCAAGGUGUUUCGGGAGUUUGGGUCAAACAGCAGGAAGUUCAUUGCGUUUGCAGAGAAGAAGGUGAAGGGGGACCGUCUGACCAUCCUGGACAAAAAGCGUUUGAUACUGUGCAGAGAUGAGCUGGAGAGCAUGGUGAGCGAGGUGACAUCGUUCAGUCAGAAGAGGAAGACAAUGAGUGUGAAAGCCAUGCUUCAAGAGGCCUUGAAACUCGCUAAGCGUUUGAAGUUCCUGGUGGAGGAGCCCCAACACACUAUACCGGACGUGUUGGUGUGGAUGCUUAGCAACAACAAACGCGUGGCGUACGCCCGCAUCGCCGCCCGCCACUUACUGUACUCCUCCAGCCCGUACGACAAGGGCCGAGACUGUGGCAAGAUCAAGACCCUGUUUCUCAAGCCCCCAGGCAAGCGUCUGACUGGCUGGACGGUGCAGGCCAAGCUGGACGUGUACCUGUGGUUGGGGAGCUGCCAAAACUCCACCCACAUCCUGGAGAACCUCCCACUCGGAUUUGAGCGCUUUGGCCCGUCCACUGACAGUCAGUCAGGGCCCUUUGAACAGCAUGCCACCCCCCCACCAGACCAGCUGAUCUACCAAGCCCAGCACCAGUUCCAGCUACGGGCCCACAUGUACCAGGCCCGCAGUCUCAUUGCAGCUGACAGCAGUGGCCUCUCAGACCCUUUCGCUAAGGUCACCUUCAUGUCACACAGCCAGACCACAGCGAUCAUUAACCAGACACUAACCCCGACCUGGAAUCAGAUGCUGCUGUUCAACAAAGUGAUGCUCUACGGUGAGCUGAAGGACCUCAAAGAGGAACCUCCCCGCAUUGUCAUCGAGGUGUACGAUGAUGAUACCCUGGGAAAAGCAGAAUACCUGGGCUCCACCGUGGCAGUGCCAGAGGUCAAGCUGUCCGAUGAGCCUUACUCCCCUCCUCUGCUUCAGUACAGCCCCCUCUUCUGCGGCAAUCAGUCGGGAGGGGACCUCCUGGCGGCCUUCGAGCUCAUCCAGGUCCCAGAGACUGGUGUCGAAUUCCUGCCUGCAUUUGAUGAGCCUGAUGGCCUGAUCUACCCUGUUCCUGCCAAUAUCCGGCCUGCACUCAGCAAGUACAGAAUAGAGGUGCUGUUCUGGGGCCUUCGGGAGCUGAAGAAGGUGCAGCUGCUCUCGGUGGACAGGCCACAGGUGUUCAUAGAGUGUGCUGGGAAAGGGGUGCGCUCCUCGGUCAUACAGAGCUACAAGAGCAACCCCAACUUCACCGUCCUGGUGGAUGCCUUGGAUGUGGAACUGCCAGAGAACGAGAACCUGCACCCUCCCCUUAGUAUCAGUGUUGUGGACUGGCGAGCCUUCGGGCGGAGUACACUGGUAGGCAACCAUGUGAUCAACUGCCUCAAGCACCUCAAGUACGUUCCUCCGCCUCGACCUCCAGCUGCACCACCCCGCCCGGCCACACAGGGUGUGGUCCAGCCUGCAUUGCAAAGCAGCUCCAUAGAGGUUUCUGAGGCUAUCUAUGUCAACAUUGAGCAGGAGGCAGUCGCCAGACCUGCAGCCCGGAUCGAGCGUGAAACACAGAGGAAAAAGGGGCCCAAGGCGACCACACGGAGGUCCACCAAGAGGAAGAAGCGCACAAUCGUAGACGAGUCUGUCGAGAACGUCAUUGACUGGUGGUCGAAGUACUACGCUUCUGUCGACAAGAUCCGGCAGGUCAAACAAAAAGAUGCCCAUGAAUUCCCUCACAUAUAUGACAACGCAUCUCCGCUUCAGCGCUUGCUCUCCGAAGGAUUAAGUUGCCUUGUGGGUGGACAGCAAGACCAGAAUACCUUGGCAACCAGAGAUGGCAACAAGAAGAAAAAAUUUCCUGUCUUAAAGACUGCAGUGGUCCAUCCCAAACUGGCUACCCUCCAGCUGUAUGAUAAGGAGUUGGAGGCUGAGUUUGGGCCCUUUGACGACUGGGUCAAUACCUUUGAACUGUACCGGGGUAAAGCCAAUGAGGACGAGAGCUCCAGUCAUGAGAGGGUUGUUGGGAAAUUCAAGGGCCGAUUCUGCCUCUAUAAGGUGAAUGAGGCUGACGACUAUGAGGAAGGUCCUAGUGCUGGCCAGUUUAAGAUCAACCAGGGAAUCCCACCCAACUCCCCUAUCAAGGUUCUGGUACGGGUUUACAUUGUUUCGGCCACCAACCUCCACCCAGCUGAUGCAGAUGGGAAAUCUGAUCCCUACAUCGUCUUAAAAGUGGGAAAAACAGACAUCAAGGACAGAGAUAACUACAUUCCAAAACAGCUCAACCCAGUCUUUGGCAGGUCCUUUGAGUUCCAAGCUACGUUCCCUAAAGAGUCUUUGUUGACUGUCUUGAUCUAUGAUCAUGAUACGAUUGGGUCUGAUGACUUGAUCGGGGAAACCCGGAUAGACCUAGAGAACCGGUUCUACAGCCGCCAUCGGGCUACCUGUGGGCUACCCACUGAAUACGCCAUUGAGGGCUACAAUGCCUGGAGAGACUCCCUCAAGCCCUCACAACUGCUAACAAACCUGUGCAAGGACCACCAUUUGGAUGGGCCCCACUUCCAGCCUGGCAAAAUCUCCAUUGGGGAUAAGGUCUUCACUGGGAAAACUGUGUUUGUGGAUGAGGAGCAGACAGUAGAAUCCUACGAACAUCUCGCACUAAAGAUUCUGCACCGCUGGAACGAGUUCCCAGGUAUCGGGUGUAAGCUGGUUCCUGAACACAUUGAAACCCGAACCUUGUACCACAAGGAGAGGCCAGGGAUGGACCAGGGCCAGUUGCAGAUGUGGGUGGAUAUGUUUUCUAUGGACAUGCCCCAUCCAGGUCCGUCAGUUGACAUCUCCCCACGGAAACCUAAAGGGUACGAGCUCAGGAUCAUCAUUUGGAACACAGAAGACGUCAUACUGGAGGAUAGCAACUUCCUCACAGGGCAGCAGUCCAGUGAUAUUUACGUUAAAGGGUGGCUGAAGGGCCUUGAGGACGACGGCCAGGAGACAGACGUUCACUACAACUCUCUGACCGGAGAGGGCAACUUCAACUGGCGCUUCGUCUUCCCCUUCAACUACCUGCCCGCGGAGAAGGUGGUGGUGGUCAGCAAGCGAGAGCACAUUUUCUCACUGGACAAGACUGAGCAGAAGCUGCCGGCAGUGCUGGUGAUGCAGGUGUGGGACUUUGAGCGGCUGUCCUCCGACGACUUUUUGGGCACGUUGGAGCUGGAUCUGCAUGGCUUCCCACACGGGGCCAAGUCGGCCAAGGCCUGCAAGCUGGACAUGCUGGGUGGCUUUGCCGAGAAGAUCUCCAUCUUCCAGCAGAAACGCUCCCGAGGGUGGUGGCCCUUCGUCAAGUCUGGGGAGCUCACGGGAAAAGUGGAGGCGGAGUUCCAUCUGGUGGCGGCGGAAGAGGCGGAGAAGAACCCGGUGGGGCGUGCCCGAAAAGAACCAGAGCCCCUGGAGAAACCCAACCGACCAGACACGUCUUUCUCCUGGUUCAUGAACCCUUUCAAGUGCUUCAUCCAUCUGAUCUGGAAGAACUACAAGAAGUACAUCAUCAUCGCCCUGGUUCUCCUCAUCACUGCCCUGUUCAUCGCCCUGCUCCUGUACACUCUGCCAGGGGCCAUCUCUCAAAAGAUCGUCAAUGGCUAACAGAAAAUAUACAUACACACACACACACACAGGCACAGACAGAUGGUGCACACACACACACACACACACACAUCAGGCACAGACAGAUGGUGCACACACACACACACACAGGCACACACAGAUGGUGCGCACACACACACACACACACACACACACACACACACACACACACAUCAGGCACAGACAGAUGGUGCACACACACACACACACACACAGACACACACAGAUGGUGUGCACACACACACACACACACAUCAGGCCCAGACAGCUGGCACACACACACAGGGACGGACAUGGACAGACACACACACAGACAGACGGACAGCGCUUGACAGGCGCACACACACACAAACACACACAGACAGACAGACAGACACCCACACACACAGACACAGACACAGACACAGACAAACACGCAGACAAAGGUGCACAUACACAGGCACAGGGACAGACGCAAACACGUACGUACGGACGGAAGCACGCACACACACACACACACACACACACACGGACAGACAAACACACAGACAGAAACAGAUUGACAGGCGCAGACGCACACUGGUGACUUAAGUCCAGUGGCUUAUCAAACACAAGGGAGAGCCUUGAUCCUUGCACUGCACUCAUAAAAGAUCAUAAGAGAACUAAAGCUGACAGCGGAUACACCUGCAACCAUUUUAAACAAACUGAAAUGUGUACAUCCAUUUGGAUUUUUUAUUUAUUUCACCACCCAUACAUAUUCUGCAAUACUAAGAGUGUGUCCCUGUGUGUAUCUAAUGGUAGCUGCAGUUUCUAUCACUUAAGCCAUAAUAACAGAACAAAACAUCUUUGAAAUAUUAUCUGACAUUAUACGAGUUGUAAAUUAUGAGGUGAGAGUUGUAAAUAUACCAUGUCAUUCCUGAAUUAGACAUAUUGUAAGCUUUGGAGACACCAUGGGACCAUGUCCAUCAUGCUGAUCUCUUUUCUGGUACAUGAUUUUGUUAUUCUUAUAGGCAACCUCAAAGGCAUAGACUGUGUGAGAACUAAAUCAGACAAAAUCUAAUAACAUGACUGCAUUAAUCUGUCAACCUGUUAUGUUAUGUAAGUAACAUGAAAAUGCAAAUUAUAUUUUGACUGAACAAGGAUUAUGUUAAAACAUAAUAUGACCAUACACUCCUUGUGUAUGGAGAGGCCUACUAUGAGACAUUUGAACAUCUGAAUACUUUGUAAAUGUUGGCUCUUACAUACAAAAUUAUAAAAUUGUAAUCCAAACAA